UCCAGAGCUGGUGGGCCGCGGCUCUGCUCGCCGCUCUGGUCCGGGGUCCGGGACGCCGCCGGGAGGAGAACGCCACGCGGGGUCGGACGCGGAGCGGUGUUGGGAACGCCGGGGGCGGCGGGAAGCGUCAGCGCGAUCCGACCCCGGCCUGCCCCGUGCCGACCCUCUCCGCCGCCCGGUCUCGGGCUGGGCGCGGUGGCGUUGCCCCGGAGCCCGCCGUCCGCGGGGCGCGCACCGCCUUGAGCUGGGCGGCCCCGCGGCAGGCAGGCGCCCGCAGGUCCAUGGUUGGUUCGGAGCGCGAUGAGCCGCCCGUCCUCCACCGGCCCCAGCGCUAACAAACCCUGCAGCAAGCAGCCGCCGCCGCAGCCCCAACACGCUCCUUCUCCGGCUGCGCCCCCGGCCGCCGCCACCAUCUCGGCUGCGGGCCCCGGCUCGUCCGCGGUGCCUGCCGCGGCGGCGGUGAUCUCGGGCCCCGGCGGCGGCGGCGGGGCCGGCCCGGUGUCCCCGCAGCACCACGAGCUAACCUCGCUCUUCGAGUGCCCAGUCUGCUUUGACUAUGUCCUGCCCCCUAUCCUGCAGUGCCAGGCCGGGCACCUGGUGUGUAACCAAUGCCGCCAGAAGUUGAGCUGCUGCCCGACGUGCAGGGGGGCCCUGACGCCCAGCAUCAGGAACCUGGCUAUGGAGAAGGUGGCCUCGGCAGUCCUGUUUCCCUGCAAGUAUGCCACCACGGGCUGCUCCCUGACCCUGCACCACACGGAGAAGCCAGAACACGAAGACAUCUGUGAAUACCGUCCCUACUCCUGCCCUUGCCCUGGUGCUUCCUGCAAGUGGCAGGGGUCCCUGGAAGCCGUCAUGUCGCAUCUCAUGCACGCCCACAAGAGCAUCACCACCCUUCAGGGAGAAGACAUCGUCUUCCUGGCUACAGACAUCAACCUGCCGGGCGCUGUCGACUGGGUAAUGAUGCAGUCGUGCUUCGGCCAUCACUUCAUGCUGGUGCUGGAGAAACAGGAGAAGUACGAAGGCCACCAGCAGUUCUUCGCCAUCGUCCUGCUCAUCGGCACCCGCAAGCAGGCUGAGAACUUUGCCUACAGGCUGGAGUUGAAUGGGAACCGGCGGAGACUGACCUGGGAGGCCACACCCCGGUCCAUUCAUGACGGCGUGGCCGCAGCCAUCGUCAACAGCGACUGCCUUGUUUUUGACACAGCCAUAGCACGUCUUUUUGCAGAUAAUGGGAACCUUGGAAUUAAUGUGACUAUUUCUACAUGUUGUCCGUGAUGCACCGUGUGGCUUUCGUAAACCAUUGAAAUUAUUUGGGCAUAGUGCUCGGUAUUUAAUAAAGGUUUUUAUAGAUGCUUUAUUCGGUAUGUCUUCACAAGUCAGGACCCACAGUUACCCUGUGUUUUAUUUGAACAGCAGCUUCUCAUCUGGCAUCAGCCCAACAAAGUUUAUGAAACUGGGAUGAAUGGGGUUGGCCUGUUAGUAAUUUGGAGGCUGUUCUGUGAUCUAAAAUCAACUCUAUUAUUUUAUUUACUUUCUGAACAACACUUGACAAGUUGCUCGGGGCUCCUGUAUGUUAGAAAUUGGAGGCUCCUUCCCGCCUGCCUCUCUGCAUUGGUCCUUCGACAUUGACAAAAGCACAGUGACUGUCAGCAGAUUCCUUUACUUUUGUUUUCAGAGGGUAGGGAUUGCUUUAGUGCAUUUUAAACAGUGCUCCUCAAACUGGAUGGCUGACCAAUAUACAUAGAGUCACCUGGAGUGCUCAUCUGAAAACUGCAGAUUUGAGGAGCCUGUGAAUCUAACAAUCUCACUGGGUGAUUCUUUUCAACAGUAAAGUUUGAGAAUUACUGGGUUAAAUUGUGGAAAAGGGUCCAGAUUUUAAAGGUGCUUUAAGAUUGCCCUCUACUGAUAACUGUUUGUCUUUCUACUGUUUCAUCCCCCAACCUCCCCCCACCCUCAAAUUAAGACUAGAAUAUAGAUCCACAUGAACACACUCCUGAGAUUGGGUCACUCUGUGUUUUGGGUGGAUUGCCUAGGAAAGCAAGUCAUGGCUAUUGAUAGUUCUCACAUCGUGAGUUUUUGCCCACCACUAGUACAUAGGACCUGUUUACACGUGGCUUCCCUCGGAAGCCCUCUUUGACUGUACCUGGUGUGAAAGACUAGAUCAGUAGAGUUGGGAAAGCUUUAUAACCAGUGUAAUAUGCUUGCUAUUUAAAGGUAUGUUUUUUUUUGUUUGUUUUUGCCACAUUCACUUUAGUUUUUUAAUAAAUAUUUUCCAAAAAUGAA